CGUUGGGGUUGGGAGGCAGUAAAAACAGCUCUAGUGCUAGCUGGAGCCCCCUCGGGUGCAGGCUGAGAGGGACCUAGGCUGGGAGUGGAGCUGCAGCGAACCACAGGUUUGGGAUGCAGGCCCUCGUGCUACUCCUCUGGACCGGAGCCUUGCUUGGGCAGGGCAGCUGCCAGAAUGUCGAUAGCAGCCAUGAGGGAGCCCCAGCCCCUGACAGCACGGGGGAGCCAGUGGAGGAGGAGGAGGAUCCCUUCUUCAAGAUCCCUGUGAAUAAGCUGGCAGCUGCAGUUUCCAACUUUGGCUAUGACCUGUACCGCCUGAGAUCGAGCACAAGCCCCACUGCCAAUGUGCUGCUCUCCCCACUCAGCGUGGCCACAGCCCUCUCUGCCCUCUCUUUGGGAGCUGAACAGCGAACAGAAUCCACCAUUCACCAGACUCUCUACUAUGACUUGAUCAGCAACCCCGACAUCCACAGCACUUACAAGGAACUCCUUGCCACUGUCACUGCCCCCCAGAAGAACUUUAAGAGUGCUUCCCGGAUUGUCUUUGAGAGGAAGUUGCGGAUAAAAUCCAGCUUUGUUGCACCGCUGGAAAAGUCGUACGGGACCAGGCCCAGAAUUCUGACUGGCAACCCUCGCAUGGACCUUCAGGAGAUUAACAACUGGGUGCAGGCCCAGAUGAAAGGGAAAAUUGCCAGGUCCACCAGAGAAAUGCCCAGUGACAUUAGCAUUCUCCUUCUUGGUGUGGCCUACUUCAAGGGGCAGUGGAUGACAAAGUUUGACUCCCAAAAGACUUCCCUCCAGGAUUUCCACUUGGAUGAGGAGAGAACCGUGAGCGUUCCCAUGAUGUCAGACCCCAAGGCCAUUUUACGAUACGGCUUGGAUUCUGAUCUCAGCUGCAAGAUUGCUCAGCUGCCCCUGAUCGGAAGCAUGAGCAUCAUCUUCUUCCUGCCCCUGAAAGCAACCCAGAACUUGACAUUGAUAGAAGAGAGUCUUACCUCUGAAUUCAUUCAUGACAUAGAUAGAGAACUGAAGGCUAUCCAUGCAGUCCUGACCAUACCCAAGCUGAAGCUGAGUUAUGAAGGCGAAGUUACCAAGUCCCUGCAGGAGAUGAAGCUACAUCUUUGUUUGAGACCCAGACUUCAGCAAGAUCACAGGUAAACCUGUCAAGCUCACUCAAGUGGAACACAGGGCUGGUUUUGAGUGGAAUGAGGAUGGUGCAGGAACCAACCCCAGCCCAGCCCUCCAGCCAGCCCGCAUCACCUUCCCCCUGGAUUAUCACCUUAAUCAACCUUUCAUCUUUGUACUGAGAGACACGGACACGGGGGCCCUUCUCUUCAUAGGCAAGAUUCUAGACCCCAGGGGCAUUUAAUGCUCCAGUUAAUGUUCCAGUACCUUAGAAAACCUAGAGAGUAUACAUGACACAGAGGCUGCCCCUAUAGUUUCAAAGUACACUUUGCAAUAAAAGAGCUUUUUCCUUAACUUUUGUUGCUUUGUUCCUCCUCCUGUUUUGAGCUAUGCUAAGUUGAAUAUGAAGAUAAAUUGCACUUUAGGAAUUUGCUAGUUCAGUUCUUACAGCCUGGUUCUGUAAUAACAGCAGAGUCAUCAUUUAUAAGAACUUUAGUUAUCUGUUAUGUAAUACAGGAACUGCUUUUCUACUCUGGGGUGUUUAUGUACUAGGACCCUAAUCUCUUCCUCCUCUCCCCCCAAACAAAGAGGGCAUCUCCUAUCCCCACAAUCCUGAAGCAUGCUGUUUAUUCAGCUUUCUGUUUUUA